GAAUACGAAAGAUGUUUCAUUUUGAAAAAUGACCGGAUUUUCCGUUACAUCCGUCUGUGUCACGCUUGACACGCGUCAAACCCCGAUUCUGCGUCACGUGACCGACUACGCUAAAAAAGAAAAAGACUUAAAAAUGUUGUCAAAAAAGUGCUGGAGAUCGCAAAUGACGGCGGCCUUAAAAGGACGUUCGAGACAACUGGAUUAAAGUUGUGGCUGAAUAUUCUGAGAUCGCCACAAUAGCACUGUUGCUAUUUCCGACAUGCUACCUGUGUGAGGCGGGGGGUUUCUGCAGCAACGGCGACUAAAACAAAAUUACGAAGUAGACUGGACAUAAAACACACACUUGAAGUGUCAUUGUCUACUAUUACCACGAGAUGGCCGUCUGGUUGCAGAAAAUCAAGCUCGGGGCUGUGGCAAAGAGCCACGCCCCCUACUAACGCCCCGGCGGGGAGAAACCAUUUGCGACACUCGUCUUUGCUUUACGACAGCACGAGAAGUACACCAAACAUGUGAAGGAAAAGAGAAGAAAGAAAACGAAAAUAAGAUCCCAAAUGGAGAAUUACAGUAAAGGCCGUAGCACAGAGCAGCCAUCCGUGUGUCCGUUCACCCUUGUCCCUGACACGCCGGAGGUGCGGGUCAAAGACGGCAGUAAGAUCCGCAACUUGCUCCGCUAUGCCCUGAGUCGCAUAGAGGCCAAGCCGCAGGUAGACAAAAACGGCGGCGAGGGAGACGGCGACGUCUACGAGGAUCCGCCCAGCCGUCCCCUCUGCCGCCAGCUGGUGUUCACGGCCAGCGGCAAGGGCGUGUCGAAAGCCAUAACAUGCGCCGAAGUGGUUAAACGACGCGUCCGGGGCCUCCAUCAACUGACCUCGCUGGCCAGCUCUACGCUGACAGACGUGUGGGAUCCCCUGGAGCCGGCCGCCGGACUGGAUAGCAUCACCGUUAGCAGGAAGCUGCCCGUCAUCUGGAUUCUUCUUUCCAAGGACCCUCUGGAUCACAGCCUGCCUGGGUACCAGGCGCCUGGACGCUGCGACAACCUGUGGACUCGUGAUGAUAAGGAGGAGGUGGGAACGUACAAGAGGAAGAGGGGCGGAGGCGGCGGUAGAGGAAGGGGUGGAGGGCGGAACACAGGACGUUCUCGAGACUUGAAAGCACCCAUCUGAUAAUAACCAAUAAGCAGAAUAAGAUUGCAAAGGAGUGGAAAGUUUCUAUAGGAAGUUAAGUUGAGGAAGUUUGGGCAAAUGCAGUGGUGCCUUGAUUUACAAGUGCCCCAACGUAUGCGUUUUUCAAGUCAUGAACUGCGCCUUACUUUUUUGUUUUGUUUUUCUUUGGUGUUGGGAAGCCAGCAUUUAAUUCAAGUGAGCUUCAGACACUCCACCCAUAGAUGGCGGCAUUGAGCUUAAUAGGGAGGUCAACUGAAAGACUUGGUGUUCAUAUUUCUAUUUGGCCCAACUAAUCUAAACAUGAUAUUCUGACUAAUAUUGCAUUUGCGGGAAUAUAAAUGAAUCUGAAAAAUCUGCCUGUUUUUUUUAUCCACCUCUUGGAGCGGCCAUUUUGCCACUUGCUGUUGACUGAAAAUAGCACUGUUGCUCAGGUCAAAGGAAAUGAAUAAUCGCGGCUCAGUUUGUAAACGUCACAUGACUAAGAAAACCAGAUUAAAACAACAACAUACACCAUAUACAAUACAAUACAUCCUGAUUCAUAUAGCGCUUACACAACAGCUGCAGCUGUGGAAUAUGUCAUUGUUGAGAAAGCCUUUUUGUAAUUUUGCAACAACGUCUUGGUACAACUCCAAGUUUGAGUCAACCAUCAUUAAAAUACAAAGCUAAAAGACAAA